AGCGCAGGAGCGCAAUAAACAACGGUACUCCGGACUAUUCUCGAUUUCUAUGGACUCUUGUGCUGCGCGUUCACCAUAACGACAUGGGAGGGAGAAACGCAUGGCUACUAACUGCCAUUCUUGUAGUCCUUGGCAGACCGGCAUUGAGCGGCCGGUCGUUUCACAUCGACUACGACAAACACACGUUCGUCAAGGACGGCCAGCCCUUCCGCUUAGUCGGCGGGUCAAUGCACUACUUUCGCGUACCCAGGGCAUACUGGGACGACCGCUUGCACAAGGUUCGAAUGGGCGGGCUCAACGCCGUAGACUUCUACAUCGACUGGAGCGGCCACGAGCCGGAACCGGACCAGUACAACUUCCUCGACAACUACGACGUCCUGGCUUUCCUCGAGGCCGUCAAGAAGGCCGAUCUUCUAGCCGUUGUACGGCCCGGUCCAUUCAUAUGCGGCGAAGUCGAAAACGCCGGCUUCCCUUACUGGCUCCUGCGCAAGCAUCCGAACAUUCACUACCGCACCAUGGAAAAAGAAUACGUGGAGGAAGUCACCAAAUGGUUCAACAAGCUGCUUCCCAUGCUCGUUCCGCACCUCUACAAGAACGGAGGCCCGAUCAUCAUGUUCCAAGUGGAAAACGAGUACGGUCACCUGGACAACGGAUGCGACCCCAAGUACAUGGAGUUCAUGGUAUCCCUCCAGGAGAAGCUGCUGGGAAAGGACGUGGUUAUGUUUCGAACCAACUUCCCCAUAGCACGACGCUUCAACUGCGACAGGGUGCGCGACAUCCUCGUGGCGGGAAACUGCGAUCCCAAGUGCAACACGUCAAUCUUCAACACGAUUCGCAAGGCCCAGGUGAAACCGGGAGGACCCCUCCUUCUGGCUGAGUACUACACGGGCUGGAUGAACUUCUGGGGCUGGAACGACAAUCCCGCGUAUCCGCCCGGAGUCGUCGAAACCUUCAAGAAAAUGAUGGACGAGGGAGCAAACAUCAUCUUCUACAUGUACCACGGAGGCACGAGCUUCGGCUUCAAGGCGGCCACCAGCGGAGACUCCCCGCUAGUGACGAGUUACGACUACGACGCCCCUAUCGGCGAAGACGGGGACCCGAAGGCUUACUACUAUCCACUGAGAGACGCCAUCGGCAAGUACUUACCACUCAAGCAAGGGGAUGUUCCCAAGGGCUCGCCGAAACUGAGCAUCGACGCCGUGCCCAUGUCUCGAAGCAUGACUCUAAGUGAAGUCAUGGACCACUUCCGAAAAAAGGGCUGGCUCAGGAGGACCCACUCCAAGUUUCCAGUGACUUUCGAGCAGCUGGGGCAGGACUUCGGGUUCCUUAUGUACAGCACGGAGGUGCGCGAGGACCUUAAGGAACCGCAGUUGCUUAUAGUGCACCGUCUGCGCGACAUGGCGCAGCUCUUCGUCAGGGAUGAACGGCACAUGAUGCGCUGCUUCGACACCAGCCGCUUGAAUGUCAGUAUGAACGCGACCGUGAGACUCAACAAGGGGGAAAAGAUCUCGAUCCUCGUGGAAAACAUGGGCCGUGAGGACUUUGGGCAAGCGAAUCGCGACCCCAAGGGUCUCCAAAAUGUGACGGUGAAAGGUGCCAACAUGACCGACUGGACCAUCGAGGCCGUGCCGGUGACGCGGAACAGGGACGUCAGCGAGUUGAUGCACUUGUUGGAAAGCGGAGGUGAAGGAAACGUCGAGGGCAAGAAGACACCUCGCUUCUUUCACGGCUCGUUCAAGCUGCGCGAUGGACAGAGGCCGCUCGACACGUUUCUCGACCCUUCAAACUACACCAAAGGAAUCGCCUUCAUCAAUGGCAUCAACCUGGGUCGUUACUGGCCCGCGGCCGGACCGCAGAUCAGGCUUUACGUUCCGGGCGUGUUCCUAAGACCUCAUCCCGAAGAGAACAAGCUCAUCUUGUUCGAGCUCGAAGGGCUUCGCGGCAAUAAAGGCGAACGUGGUGUGAGCUUCGCCGACAAACCUUACCUCACCGCCGAUACGGGUCGCCCCCAUCCUUAAGCGCUGAAUUUAAACGCAAUGAUUAUGGCGGACAUUUCUAGUAACGCGAUGCUUCGGUGUUGUCAAGCCUCCUCAUCCAACUCUGCGUCAAGUCACGCACG